AUGUCAUCGCACCACGCCAUACCGGAGCCGAUUUACUGCUACCCGGGCCUUAUCAACAAGGCAGCUCCGGGGGCCCCCUACUACACGCCCCUCCAGUCACCCCCCGCCGGCACCGCCCUCACCCACGACGACAACAACAAGCCGCCCAUCCCUCCGCUCUUCCAGCCCCUCCAAAUCCGCGGCCUGACGCUCCCCAACCGCAUCAUGCUCUCGCCCAUGUGCCAGUACAGCGCGUGGGACGGGCACAUGACGGACUGGCACCUCGCGCACCUGGGCGGCAUCGUGUCGCGCGGGCCGGGGCUCGCCUUUUGCGAGGCGACGGCCGUCGCGCCCGAGGGCCGCAUCACGCCCGAGGACGCGGGCUUGUGGCAGGACAGCCAGAUCGCGCCGGCGCGGCGGGUGGUCGAGUUUGCGCACUCGCAGGGGCAGAGGAUCGGGGUGCAGCUGGGGCAUGCGGGGCGCAAGGCGAGUUCGGUGGCGCCGUGGUUGAGUAGUGGGGAUGUGGCGACGAAGGAGGUGCAUGGCUGGCCGGACAACGUCUACGCCGCCUCUGCCAUCGCCUACAACGACCGCCACGCCUCGCCCAAGGCGAUGACGAAAGACGACAUCCAGCGGCUCAAGGACGCGUGGCUCGCGGCGGUCAAGCGCGGGCUCGCCGCGGGCUUCGACGCCGUCGAGAUCCACGGCGCGCACGGCUACCUGCUGCACUCGUUCGCGUCGCCCGUCAGCAACGAGCGGACGGACGAGUACGGCGGGUCGUUUGAGAACCGCGUGCGGCUGACGCUCGAGAUCGUCGACCUCGUCCGCGGCGCCAUCCCGGACGACAUGCCGCUCUUCCUGCGCGUCAGCGCGACCGACUGGCUCGAGGAGGUCGAGGGCUUCGGCCCCGAGCGCAGCUGGACCGUCGACGACACGGCGCGCCUGGCUGAGAUGGUGGCUGAUCGUGGCGUCGACCUGCUUGACGUCUCGACCGGCGGGAUCCAUCCGAAGCAGAAGAUCAUCGGCGGCCCCGCGUACCAGAGCCCCGCUGCGAAGAAGAUCAAGGCGAAGGUUGGCGAUAAGCUGCUUGUCGGCAGCGUUGGCGCCAUCCCCGAUGCUGAAACGGCUAACGGUCUCGUCGAUGAGGGUGGUCUUGACUUGGCGAUUGUGGGACGCGGGUUUUUGAAGGAUCCGUUCCUGGUCUGGACGUGGGCGCAGGACUUGGGUGUCGAGAUCAAUACUCCGAACCAGAUCCGUUGGGGCUUUCACGGAAGAGGGAGGCGCACGAAGCCCGAUCCGAAGAAGUGA